AUGCGGCAUGGGCGGUAGGAAAGAUUCACAGCCUUUCCAUUAGCUACGGACAACUUCAGAUUGAGAGCACCGUUUAAUGACACGGCACCGCUUUUAUUUUUCUAUCGGCGCCUUUGAACCGUUUGAAUGAUAGGAGGUAGCAUGUCUAAAAGUAAUUGUCUGAAUUAUUUUUGAUCUUCAGUCACUUCUGUUUACCGCCUAGUCGGACACAUUGGACCUUUUCAGAAAGACCCCAGAUCCCAGUUGUAAUUACCAGUAGAGUGGUGGGCGGGAUUUUAUAUUAGUCGUUGCACGUAUUGUACUUUAAGUCAGAAGUUGGUAAUUACGGAAGCUCCCAUAUGAAUCGAACGCAGCAAUCCAUAUUCACCAAUCAUUAGUCGCCAGGGGCGUGGCCGAGUCUGUCCAUCCAGACAGCUCUUGUUAUGCUAGCUUUAGCCUAGCUGCUCUUUAAUCACAAGACGAACGUCCCGCAGAAACUCUCCUGAAGCCCGAAGCUCUUCGUCCCGCUGUCCGCAGACAUGCUAGCAGUGAGUUAGCCAUACGUAGCUCACAUUAGCAUCCUCAUCCAAUGUGUUUAGUCUAAGUACUUUAAGCUCAUUCCGCUCUAAGGCGUCAUAAUGCAGAGUUAAGGUGGAGCUCCUCUCCUCUCCUGGCCCCCCGCUGCUCCGUCCGAGACCCCUCGAACCGGGCGGGGACCAUGUGAAGGUAGGCUGUGACUGUGAGGAGAGUCCGGGUAAACGCUGUCGGCGACGAUGUCUUGCAAAUCCACCAAAGUCGCCCCGAGUGUCGACUUCGACCACAGCUGCUCCGACAGCGUGGAAUACCUGACGCUCAACUUCGGGCCCUUCGAGCCCGUCCGCCGCUGGAGGAGGCUGCCGCCCUGCGACGAGUUCGUCGGAGCCAGGCGCAGCAAACACACCGUGGUGGCCUACAGGGAUGCCAUUUACGUGUUUGGGGGAGAUAAUGGGAAGAACAUGCUGAAUGACUUGCUGCGCUUCGAUGUAAAGGACUGCUCGUGGUGUCGCGCCUUUACGACGGGAACGCCACCUGCGCCCCGGUACCACCACUCCGCCGUCGUCUAUGGCAGCAGCAUGUUUGUUUUUGGGGGCUACACUGGAGACAUCUACUCGAAUUCCAACUUAAAAAACAAGAAUGACCUUUUUGAAUACAAGUUCGCUACGGGGCAGUGGACCGAGUGGAAGGUUGAGGGCAGCCUCCCGGUUGCCAGGUCGGCCCAUGGAGCCACCGUCUACGACGAUAAGCUCUGGAUAUUCGCUGGAUACGACGGGAACGCCAGGUUGAACGACAUGUGGACCAUCAGCCUGCAGGACAGAGAGCAGGGCUGCUGGGAGGAGAUGGAUCAGAGCGGCGAGAUUCCUCCAUCCUGCUGCAACUUCCCCGUGGCCGUGUGCCGGGACAAGAUGUUUGUGUUCUCAGGGCAGAGCGGAGCCAAGAUCACCAACAACCUCUUUCAGUUCGAGUUCAAGGGUCACAUGUGGACCCGCAUCCCGACGGAGCACCUUCUGCGGGGCUCGCCGCCCCCUCCGCAGCGGCGUUACGGCCACACCAUGGUGGCCUUCGACCGCCACCUCUACGUGUUCGGGGGCGUGGCCGACAACACGCUGCCCAACGAGCUGCACUGCUACGACGUGGACUCCCAGUCCUGGGAGGUCAUCCACCCCAGCCUGGACAGCGAGAUGCCGAGCGGCCGGUUGUUCCACGCGGCGGCUGUGAUCCACGACGCCAUGUACAUCUUCGGAGGCACGGUGGAUAACAACGUGCGCAGCGGGGAGAUGUACCGGUUCCAGUUCUCCUGCUACCCAAAAUGCACCCUGCACGAGGACUACGGGAAGCUGUGGGAGAACCGCCAGUUCUGUGACGUGGAGUUCAUCCUGGGCGAGCGGGAGGAGAGAGUCCUCGGCCACAUCGCCAUAGUGACGGCCCGGUGCCAGUGGCUGAGGAGGAAGAUCCUGCAGGCUCGGGACCGGCAGAGACAGAAGGCCAAGCAGGAGAGCGGGGAGGAGGCGGAGGAGGGGUCCGCGGGCCCCUGGGAGGUCCCGGCGGUGAAGCCCUCGGGGACCCCCAACCUGGAGGUCUCCAUUCGGGAGGCGGAGCCCCAGCCCUUCAGGGUGCUCAUGCAGUUCCUCUACACGGACAAGAUCCAGUACCCCCGCAGAGGCCACGUCCAGGACGUGCUGCUCAUCAUGGACGUGUACAAGCUGGCGCUGAGCUUCCAGCUGGCCCGUCUGGAGCAGCUGUGUGUGCAGUACAUCGAGGCGUCGGUGGACCUGCAGAACGUGCUCAGCGUGUGUGAGAACGCCAACAAGCUGCAGCUGGACCAGCUCAAGGAGCACUGCCUGAACUUCGUGGUGAAGGAGUCCCACUUCAACCAGGUCAUCAUGACCAAGGAGUUUGAGAGGCUCAGCACGCAGCUCAUCGUGGAGAUCGUGCGGCGCAAGCAGCAGCCCCCCCUGCGGCUGUACUCGGACCAGCCCGUGGACAUCGGCACCUCCCUGGUGCAGGACAUGAAGGCCUACCUGGAGGGGGGCGGCCUGGACUUCUGUGACAUCGUGCUGCUGCUGGACGGCCACCCCCGCCCCGCCCACCAGGUCAUACUGGCCGCCCGCUCCAGUUACUUCGAGGCCAUGUUCCGCUCCUUCAUGCCUGUGGACGGCCAGGUCAACAUCUCCAUCGGGGAGAUGGUCCCUAGUAAGCAGGCCUUUGAGUCCAUGCUGCGCUACAUCUACUACGGGGACGUCAACAUGCCCCCGGAGGACUCCCUCUAUCUGUUCUCGGCGCCGUACUACUACGGCUUCUCCAACAACCGGCUGCAGGCCUACUGCAAGCAGAACCUGGAGAUGAACGUCACGGUGGAGAACGUCCUGCAGAUCCUGGAGGCGGCCGAUAAGACCCAGGCCCUGGACAUGAAGAAGCACUGCCUGCACAUCAUCGUGCACCAGUUCAUCAAGGUAUCCAAGCUGCCUAACCUGCGGUCUCUGAGCCAGCUGCUGCUGCUGGACAUCAUCGAGUCGCUGGCCACGCACAUAUCAGACAAACAGUGUGCCGAGAUGGGCCCCGACAUUUAGGACCGGGCCCCCACCGGGCCCCCAGCCCGGCCUCACUGGCUCGGUUCUGAUUGGUUCGUUUGCUGGACCUUGCAUGUCAACUCCGUCAGCGUCUUCUGAGACGAUGGCUCUCCUUCGUACCGGAGAUCCGUCACCACAGGGACCGCGUCCUCGUUGUACUGACGAGGCAGGAUGAGUGAAACCUGUAGAGUUCCAUCCAAAGUACUCCUCUGUAGCCAUGUAUUCCUCCAUAUAGCCAUUGUAUUCUACUCCGUUCCAUGGGGAGUAUGUGAUGUACUGUGAGUACUAACUGCAUUAUACCAAGUUAACCGUCAGGAAAAGUGUUGAUAAGUGAUCCUUUCAUUGUUUAACAUGGAAGGAUUUAAUGACUUGUAGACGCUGUAAACGAUGAUGUGUCUGCAGUCUUUGUAUUUAAGCCAUUGCUGUUUUUGAAUGUUUGACAAAGGUACACGUCCACUGGCGUCCUAAUAACCACUAGGAGCCCUUCAGCUCGCUCAGCCUGUAUCAUAUGGGAUGUAGUUACAACUUUAUCCCCUCCAAGAGCCCGAUGUAUGUAAAGCCUUAAUAAACCUCUUGGUUAAGUGA